GGUCUCUACAGUCAGUAGCGCGUAAACCUAAUCCCAACGUCAAGCUACAGUACUCCUUCCGUGCCUUUAAUCUAUCACAAUAUUAUCAUACUCCACAAUCAUGUUCGAGUCGGCGUCAACCUACACUCUCCGCCAACACCGGGCGGAUAGCGUCGUCCUCACGCAAGCCGAGUUGGUAGAAAUCCGUGCUGCCCAACGUACCUUUGAAGGCGCAUACCUACGGACCGCGCUCUCGCAGUUUUCCUUCUCCCUCAUAAUCCUCCGGAUCUUCACACAGGAAUUUUACUCCAUCGGCGCUCUGUUCGCAGUGUUUGGUGCAUUCAUCAUGCUCGCUAGCCUUUUAAGGAGGAGGAGUGGGAACAGGCAGUUCUUUAGGGAUGAGAAUGAAGGGGGGAGGAAAAAGUUUAGGACUUCUGGGAAUGUUGUUGCAGUGGUUAGUUUGAUUAGCAUCGCGGCUUAUUCCGCGCUGCUGGUUCUGUUGUGUAGGUUGCAGGGGGCAUAGGUUUGGACCGAACAAUGGAAUGGGGAUGUUCGGAAAUGGGAGUUGAUGUGGAAUUUUUGUUUGGUAGCGUGGGGUUUUGCUGAGUCUCAUUCCUCUUUUGCCAGCUCGCAAGAGAUGGUUCACUUAAUAUUAUUGGUAAUUAGGAUUUAUCUACAUGCCGG